AUGUCCUCUUGGAACUGCCGCAAGCGUCACCCCGUCACCCCGUCACCCUCGCCGUAUCCAGUAUCUCAGGCGUCACCCUCACUCAUUUGGAUCUAUAGGCGUCACCCCGUCACCCCCGCUGUAUCCAGUAUCUUAGGCGUCACCCCGUCACCUUCGCCGUAUCCAGUAUCUCAGGCGUCACCCUCACUCAUUUGGAUCUAUAGGCGUCACCCCGUCACCCCCGCUGUAUCCAGUAUCUUAGGCGUCACCCCGUCACCCUCGCUGUAUCCAGUAUCUUACGCGUCACCCUCCCUUAUUUGGAUCUAUAGGCGUCACCCCGUCACCCUCGCUGUGUCCAAUAUCUUAGGCGUCACCCUCCCUUAUUUAGAUCCAUAG